AUGCCCACACCCACGGUCUCCUCCCCUUUCGCAUAUGCCACUGUUGCUAACAAGCGGGACAGCUUGGAAGACCUCAAAGGUCUCCUGACCCGCGUCUUUUGGUCCAGCCUCUCCAUCCUCGUGCUGUACCUCUUCUACAUCUCGCGAACCGUCUCACCGAAACGCUACAAAGUCCCCGCGCCCAAGCUCCCCGAAGGCGGGCCGCAAAUCCUCGAAUCGCCCUCUAGCAAAGUCCCGGGCACCACCGCGAUCCAAUGUUACGCGCCCGCCACGGGCCAGUUCCUCGGCUUCGUCAACCCGUCCACGCCCGCGGGCAUCGACCGCGCCAUCGCAUCCGCGUCGGCGGCGCAGCAGAAAUGGGCCCAGACUUCCUUUCACGAAAGACGUGCCGUGCUGCGCACUCUGCUGCAGCAUGUCCUUGAUAAUCAGGAGCAGAUAUGCCGCGUUAGCAGUCUCGACUCGGGCAAGACGAUGUUGGAUGCUCAGCUGGGCGAGAUCCUGGUUACUGUGGAGAAGCUGCAGUGGACUAUCAAGCAUGGGGAGAAGGCUUUGAGGCCCAGUAAAAGGCCGACGAAUCUGCUCAUGACAUACAAGAAGAAUAAGGUGCUGUACGAGCCCCUAGGUGUCGUGGCGGCGCUUGUGAGCUGGAAUUAUCCCUUUCACAAUCUCAUGGGACCUAUCAUCAGCAGUAUCUUUGCCGGGAACGGGGUACUGGUCAAGGUUAGCGAGCAGACUUGCUGGAGUGCAGCUUAUUAUACAUCGAUUGCGCGGGGUGCGCUGGUGGCACAUGGACAUGACCCUGCCCUAGUGCAGAGUGCUGUCUGUUGGCCGCAGGCGGCGGGACAUCUUACGUCGCAUCCUGGAAUUGCGCACGUUACCUUCAUUGGGUCGCGACCAGUAUGUCAUCACGUUGCUGCCAGCGCCGCAAAAAGCCUCACUCCCGUUGUAGCCGAGCUCGGCGGAAAAGAUGCCGCAGUUGUGCUUGAUUCUGCUAAGAACGAUUUAAGCCGUAUCGUGAACGUGCUCAUGAGAGGCAGCUUCCAAGCGGCGGGCCAGAACUGCAUCGGCAUCGAACGUAUCAUAGCAGCACCGGGGGUGUACGACAAACUGGUGGAGAUGCUAGAGCCACGCGUCAAGGCGCUCCGGCUCGGAUUGGACAAAGACGUGGGUGCCAUGGUAUGCGAUACUUCAUUCUCACGGCUCGAGAAACUAGUCGAGGACGCCGUGGCCCAAGGCGCCCGACUGCUAGCCGGUGGAAAACGGUAUAAACACCCUGACCACCCAAGCGGUUUCUACUUUACUCCUACGCUGAUUGUCGACGUCACACCCGACAUGGCCAUUGCCAACGAAGAGUGCUUCGGCCCCAUUAUGACAAUCCUGCGCGCACCGUCCGGCUCCGCUGAGGAUCUUCUAUAUGUCGCCAACGCGCCCGAUUUCGGCCUUGGAGCCAGUGUCUAUGGAAAGGACUCGGACCCCGUGCUCCAAGCUGUCGUCAGGGGCAUCCGAGCCGGCGGCGUGGCGGUUAAUGACUUCGCCGUCUUCUAUGCGGUGCAGCUGCCGUUCGGCGGUGUUGGCGGAUCGGGAUACGGCCGUUUUGCUGGAGAGGAGGGGCUGAGGGGGUUGUGUAAUAUCAAGAGUGUGUGCGAGGACCGCUGGGGAAGCUGGGGCAUACGGACGGGAAUCCCGCCCCCGGCGCAGUAUCCGAUUAGAGACCAGGAUGGCGCGUGGAGGUUUGCGAAGGGGAUUGUGGGCGUGGGUUAUGCGUUGGGGUUGGAGGGGAAGGUUAGGGGAGUUAUGGACAUUCUGAGGGGGGGGUGA